GUUUUUUUGUUUUUUAUUUAUUUAUUAUUUUUCUGUUUGUUUUUUGGACUGCUCACGAGCCUCUGCCCGCGAGCAAAGAGACCCCGAGGCACACCACCACCUCCACCUCCUCCUCUUGGAAGGAGCUGUCCGGUGCUGAAGUUGCAUUUCUCACCUUCUUUUCUUUGCACGAGGGUUAAACCGGAGGAGACAGAGACUAAAACUAUUCCUCCAAAAAGAAAAAAAAGAAAAAUCUGAAGACAAUCUUCCUCCAGCUUCGCCUCGUCUUGUUGGUGUGUAACGGGCGAAAAAACAAAAAUCAGCACGCUGGCCAGGCCGUCGGCGAUCGGCUGUGUUUGUGAGUGUGUGCCGUUGUGUUUGUGACAGUGUGUGUCGGUGUCGCACCAACAUGCCAAGGUCUUUCUUGGUGAAAAAGGUGAAAUUGGAUGAUUUCUCCACCGGGGCGGAUUUGGAGAACGCCUACCGGCACAGGACAGACCUCAGCCUGCGGCUCCAUGACAAAGCUGGCUACAUCAGUGACUACAUCAACCCUGUUGUGUACGAUGGUGAGAGUGACAGUGGGAUCAAGGUGCCCUCCCCUGACCCCCUCUACGAUGGUAUCCACAGUGACUACGGGGCUCCUGACUCUGAGUCCCCUGACAGUCCCGGGUCAGAAAUCACUGACGGAUACAUCAACGGAGAUGCUGCGGUGAGUGAGGGUUACACAGUGGAUGCCUUCUUCAUCACUGAUGGCCGCUCGAGGAGGAAAGCUCUCAGCAGUCCCAGGACCAUCCAGAGGCACACCUGCAACGAGUGUGGCAAAACCUACGCCACGUCUUCCAACCUGAGCCGGCACAAACAGACACACCGCUCGCUGGACAGCAAGCUGGCAAAGAAAUGUCCGACCUGCGGGAAGGUGUACGUGUCCAUGCCCGCAAUGGCCAUGCACCUGCUCACUCAUGACCUCAAGCACAAGUGUGAUGUGUGUGGGAAAGCGUUCAGUCGACCUUGGCUUUUACAGGGCCACAUGCGCUCUCACACGGGCGAGAAGCCGUUUGGAUGUGCCCACUGCGGGAAGGCCUUCGCAGAUCGUUCAAACCUGCGCGCUCACAUGCAGACCCACUCUGCCUUCAAACACUUCAAGUGUAAACGCUGCAACAAGACCUUCGCGCUCAAGAGUUACCUGAACAAGCACUACGAGUCUGCCUGCUUCAAAGGCCCCUUCUCUCCUCUAGGUCCCCUAGAUGCAUGACCCCCUGCAUAGAUAAAACAACAGACAAAACUGCAGACAUAAAUUACCAUUAUCCUUACAAACUGAACUGCAGACACAAACAAUCUAUUUUUGGUCAGAAUAUGACCUUGCUUUCCCUCCUCCUCUUCUCUCACUUUUCCCCCACACCUUGCUUUCCCUUGGAGCCUAUUCAUGAUGAUGAAGAUGAUGAAGAUAGCACAAUUUUUUCUCCUUGAGAUUUGCCCACUUAAGGAUCUACGCAUGCACUUCCUCAAAGACUCCUCUUCCUCUGUCUGUUCUGAUAGAGACAAUAAUACUAACAUGGCUUCCUUCUGGCAUCUAGAUACAGUAUGGCACCAUAUAUUUUGGGACUCUGAUGGUGAUGAGGAUGACGACAAAGACAAUAGCAAGCCGAUAGCUACUGAGUUCCUCCCUGCACUGAAACGCAGUGAAAGAGUUUUUCCUUCUCAUUUUGUUUUUUGGGGGAAUAAUAGUAAUAAUAAUAGUAAUAAUAAUGAUAAUAAUAAUGUUCUGCUGCACCAAGUGACCAUAUUCUCUCUACUACUGAGGUAAAAGCACUAUUUAUUUAUUUAUUUACUUAUUUAUUUACUUAGCAUUUUUCCUUUUUUAUUUGUUGUAUUUAUACUUGAUUUGAUAACAACAAAGUGAUACCGUUAACUUAUUUGUUGCACUUUAAUUUCUGUAUAUGUAUGUAGGAUAUUUGCCAACCUCUUUCUAUCACUACAGGCCAAAGCAUAUGUCACUUUUUUUAAGUACUAUUUUUUCCUAUUAUGUUGUUUACCCUUUUUUUUUCUUCUUAUUAACGUUUUUGCAUGCAAAAAAAAAAAAGGAAAAAAAGAUGAAAUCUAUGCCAACAUCAUAAAAAGCUUAUGAUUUUUGCCAAAAUCCUAUAGAUAGAACCUGAGGGCAAUAUUUUUCUCUUGGAGCCUCCGUAGGACUCUUUAAAAGCAAUAAUCACCUAAUGCAUGGUAUUUUAUGAUGAAGUUAUGAAGUAUUACCUACUACUGUAUAGCAGUUUAAAAAUCAGGUAUGUUUUACUUCACCUAUAGUCAUAAACAGAAAAAUACUAAUAUUACAGACAUCAGGGAACAUGCCAAUGUAGUGUUAGAGUAACAAAAAUAAAAGUCCUGUCUUUCCUCUCUUGUUAUGCACUGCCUGCCUCUUAGUGAGUAGAACUAAUGUAGGAUGUAGGCUAGAGAGGCUGGGAUCAGCUGGCUGCUGGGUGUGAGGCCUAUUGUAGGAUAAGUAUAACCCUGCAGACCUGUGCUAGGCUAACUCUAGCAUGAAAAAAGACUGCUAACAUUAACCAGGAGAAGCCUAAUUUUGGAUUAGCCCUCCAAACAUAUUACUCAGAUUGGAUCAUUGGCCAUACAUGAGAGUUCAAGGGUUUAUUGAAAGGGUCUGGCAUGUAAAUGAGUUGAAAACAUCUUCCCUGUGUCAUGCAGCCAAUUAAUGUGGGAACAUGCCUUGAACAGACCUUUUAAUAACCAUAGCAGACUAAUCUUUGUUCUGAUACAAACAAACAGUAAAAGGUUAGCACGGCAAUCAGGUUGGAGAGUGUCGCAAAGAGAUGUGAACUAACUCAAAAUGAUAAAAAGCAUAAAAAGCAUACAUGGUAUUUAGCAACUCUGAGCAUACUUUAAAUAGAAAACCAAGUCAAAGUUUGGUGCAUUGUUGAAGUUGGGCUGAGGUCAGCGUUAAAUGCAAUGCAUUAUUCAACUACCCUUCCAGUGCACUUCCAAACCAUAAAGCGUGCAUUCUUAAACCACAGAAAAAGCAUGUACUUUAGCUGGACGGUCUGAUUGCAGCUUCACUUUUACAGUCCAGGAGAUACGUUAAACCAUGUCCUUAUUAUUCUGCAGUAGGCCCCAUCUAACCCUACUGGGCCAACCAUAGGCUAACUCUAUGAGUGAUAUACCUACAUGACAGGCUAACUCUAACCAACCCCAACCCGUAGAUGGUUUAACCUUUGAUUUAGGUGGCCAAUACCAGUGUUGCUGAACCCAGUUCUCUGCAGCUCAAAAAACCUUUUCUACAGAUUCAUGGAGCUUCCUGAGAGACAGACUGAGGACACACAGAUCUGCACAAAAAAAAAUAAAAAUAUGAAGUGCUUGUUUAUAUGCCAUAUGUAUUCAUUGUAAGCGUGCAUAGACACACAAGUGCACAAGUGCAUGGGUGCAUGCCCACACAUGUGAGCACACAGUGCCUGCCAGUAAGCUGUUGUGGGAGAAAGAGAGAAUCUGUGUCUACAGUCGAGCUUUCAACAGUUGAAAAGAAAGAGGUUUAAAUUGUGAAUGUGAACGGAAAUUUUGAUAAUUGCAGUGCUUCCUCAGGCAUAUGAUGACUCAGUUAGACAUGCAGUUGACUGAUAUUCAACAUCAUUUAAGGUUAUAGGGAUAAAAGGAAAGUCUGAACUGAUACAUGGAGCCAUUACCUAAUUUCAUUCACAUUGCAGAUAGUUUGAAAGUUAUAGUUUAUAUAUCAAAUCUGACAGUAUUCUGAAGUCAAAAAGACAACAUUUUGUUGUCAGGAGAUGAUACAAUCUUUAUGUUUUGGGGAAAAUGUAGCUCUCAAGUCAACAGAAAAGAGGCAGUUUUUGUUGUGAGUGGAGCAAUUAGUAUGUGAGUCAGCAAAAUGCAGUUCUUAUCUGUCUCCCUGAUGUGUGAACUAGAUUUGAGCUGCAAUUAUUUGAAUUGUAUUAGACGAUUAGUCAUAGAGCUUCAUCUUAUUAGGGCUUUAAAUUUUUUGUCUUGGUCAUACAUACAAAGUAGGUAAAAACAUGAAAUUAGGUGCCUGAACACAAGGUCUACACAACUACAAAUUAAAAGCACAAGUAUGGAAAAGAGACCAUAAAAACAAAAAUCAUAUUUCAGCUCGGAGACAUUGAUCCCUGGUAGAGAUAUAAAUAACAACAAGCUAUUAUUUUAACCACAGACUCUGCAUUGUUAUUUCUCAUUUCUAUCUGAAUGAGAACUAAACACAGUAAUAACACAAUUUCAGAACUGAUCACAGUCUGACGGGUACAAAGGUCGCUAAACAAACCGAUGAGUAUCUCUGGCUGUGAUGUCUCCAGGUUCUUGUUUACGUAUCACAAAAUGUAUCAUUGUGUAUUAAAACUCAUUGCAACUUUGCACUGCUGUCCAAACGUCUUAAGGGUAUUUGGCUAACGUUGUUGUUGUGUGGCUGUUUUAGUGGUUUUGAAGCAAAGCUGAGCGGGUGCGUCUCUGUGUGUCUGUUUCUGGGUGAGCUCCAGUCUGUUCUCUCGAAGCACUUCCAUUCUAGUCAUCUCCACCUUAAAGAAAGUAGCACAAUGAAACUAACUAGAAUUCAGGUAGAGAAGAAUUAAAAACCUUGUACUAGCUUGACCUCUCUUCUUUUUUUGUAUUUCCAAGUUAAAGAAUGAUGAUAACCUAAAUAAUCAUUUAUUGCAAGAGGGUUUGUAAAGAAUCCUUUGGAUUGAGACAUUUUUACUGCUGUAUAGCGAUAUCUGACACACCUUAUCUCAGGAGGUUUGACUCUCUGCUGCAGAGAGAGGAUCUCCUGGGGUUUUUUUUGAGCCAGAAUUCAGACAAUGUAAGCACAAUGAACACAAAGCAUUUUGUGGCACUUCAUAAUAAAGAAUAAUCUUAACCAA